AUCGAACAAACUGUCACCAGUCUUUUGAAGUCCACAAAACAGCUUCUGAUGAGUUUGACGGACUGGUCGGUUGGUACCACGACCUCUGGCAGUGUCUUGGAAGCCUAUGACCUACUCUCACUCGACUUUAACCAAGCCUCUCAAGCGUUCGAGGCAGCUGCAAUGUCAAUGACAGACCUUGCAUCGGUUCCAGCACAAUUAUUAGAAUCUCUUCGAGAAGCGCUUUCACAACAACCGACCGCACUAGAUGCUCAUUUACCAGCUAUUCGCGACAUCAUCCUUCAGCUCUUAAAAGGUCUGAAACGCAAACAAGCUUGUUUGAGAGAGCGGACCGAGACAGAAGCGAUCAUGCCCCGUUCAGCUGAUCGCCAGACUAGAGCACCUCUUUCACCACAGCCAUCUGUACGACCUUUACCUACGCCCACAAACUCUUCUGAGCAAGUAAAAACCUUUACUUCUACACAUCAAAAUCAAAAUCAAAACACAAGCACAAACACGAAUAUAAAUCCAAAUCCAAAUCCAGACACAAACACAAAUACUACUGCUAAUGUUAACCCUAGCAUCAACUCUACCACACAUAAUAAUCAUUUUAAUAAUAAUAAUAAUAAUAAUAAUAAUAAUAAUCACAACAAUGGUGAGGAUCGGUGGGAUGCCUUGGAUAUGGUCAAGAUGAGUCUGUUUCUUGGUCUUGGUGAUCAUGUCAAGAAAGUAAAUUUUGAGGGAGUUGUCAGCUUUGAGGGGCUAAGAGUGCUAUUCCUCGAAACAUUCAAUUCAAUCGAUACGGUCUCGAUGUUAAAGAUCAGAGAUCCAGCCACAUUAAUUAUGUAUGAACUUGAAGACCUUGAAGACGUGAAGCCAAAUUCGUAUCUAUCGAUGUCUUUGGCUCAGACUCAAGCUCAAGCUCAAGAGCCAAAUAGCGAUAAAACGAUUUCACAGUGCUUGACCCAAGCCAUCCAAUCAAUGGAAAGAGCAAUCUUAACCGAGCUGAGGGUAAAUCGGGGUCCGCACCAGAUAGAAAAUACCAAGAGCGUCGAUCCAGAACCGAUGGUUUCUACAACUGGUGCUGUGAAUCGGAUCAAAGAUCAACAAGAAGAAAUCCAAAGACUGAAGCGUGAUUUGGCUGUCCUACGUCAAGUAUUCAGGGAAUACAAGCACGAGGCCUCUAAAGUACUUGGAGACCUACAAAGGGCGGCCGAGAAGCUCAAGACCAGCCAGACUCUGCUAUUCCGGCCCCCUCGAACGCUUAUUGACCAGACCAGGCAGCGAUCAGAGGAGGCGGCGGUCGAGCUUGGUCGGCGCCUAGAAGAGCUCCAGGAUACUAUUGACGAACUCAAGCUGGAUGUGACCCAGCGCAAGUGCCGCCCAUCGGCAGCCCAGCUGGAUUAUUGUAAGAACGAGGUUCGAUUGAUAGGCGAGCGGCGUCGGGAGCUGGCCCAACAGUUGCAGACCUUUAAGCCGAUGUGGAAGAAGACAUGGGAGGAAGAGUUGCGGACGAUUGUGAAAGAGCAAGGGUUUCUGAAGGAGCAGGAAAGUGUGUUGAUGGAUAUGGAGGAGGAUCAUGGUGCGGUGGUCCAGGUGCUUGAGCAGCUCCAGAAAGUGACCGAGAUACAGCGGAAACACUCGCUCACCCAGGCACCGCCACUCCAUGUUCCUCUCAGGACUACUGAUACAACAAAGGUCAUGUCGAGUGUACUUGAGCAGGUGGCAUCGGUCCAGGUGGAUUCGUCUAGGCGCGUCAAGGCAUUGGAGCAGGCCGAGAAAUUCCGGGCACGUGAGCUGGCCAACCGAAUAGAUGCCUUUGAGGAAGAGUUGGUGACGUUUGUGGACAGCAAGAAGCUUAAACGCACAGGAGGACCUGAAGAGAUCGAUCGUCAACGCCAACAGAAAAAUGCUGCCAUGUUGAAAGAAAUGUUU